GGGCGGGGCGGGCGCGCGGUGGCCGGUCACGUUUUUGCCCGUAUGAAGCCCGAGCCGGGACGCGCCGGGGCCGCGGGACGUGCUGUGUGCGGAACAUAUUAACAACGCUUUCAGAUUUGGAAAGAUCAUGAUUAGUACAUUGAGUAAGGUGGGGCUUCAGUUCUACAGAAAGUGAACUUGGUUCAGCUUGGUUUGCAUCCUGUAAGACAGGUGUGUUCCCUAAAGCAGGUUGUUCACUCCUUUCUAAUAUUUGAAGUCUUCUGUGCUUAGAAUAGAUAUAUGUCAGGAUCGAAGGAAAUGUCACAAGUUCUGUAUUAUUUGUAAACUGAACAAAUUAGACUUCCUUCUGUGGAAAAGAUCUUCGAGAUGCCAUCCAUAGAUGAACUCUCUUAGUUCUUUGCGAUUUGGUCGUACUCAAUCACCUGUACAUUUCCUCUGUUAAAUAAUAGGAAAAAAAGAUUAGAUUUUACUGCCUCUAAUUCUGUUCCCAUUGUUUAAAUACAACUCAGUCAGACUAGGCAUUUUGUUUCAGAUAAAAAUGCUUUUGGUGUAGAUUUGUCUUCAGUUAAAUUGUAGAAAGGCUUAUCAUGAGAUUUUUAAGUAGUUUACAAGGACUUUUUUCUCAAUGUCAUCCUAAAUGGGCUAAGUAGAUGAAGCCAAUAUGAGACACAAUUAAAAUGGUACAUGCUGCUACUGUGAAUAUCCUCUUCAAACCCAGAGUUUGUUAAACCUUUUUUAACCUCUGAAAAUUUUACAGGGAGUUGGGUUAGAGUAAGAGAAUUGGAAGAGCUGCCUCUAAGCAAGGAUUUAACUAGUGCUUAAAGACAUGUCACAUUUUCAAUUUCCAAGCUAAAAACUGUGAAAUCUGGAAGUAGUUCUGGAUACAGCAAUUUCUAACACUUCUUGUGGUCACAGGUAGAAAGCUCAUAAUUUAAAUCCCAUUGUAUCAAUUUAUGAUAAAAUCAGAAGCAAAAACAUUUAAAGAACCAAUGUAUACAGGUUUGUAUCAUAAUACAAGUAUUUUAGAACUCGUAUCAGCUUUGUGGUGUUAUGCAGAAUGGAAUGUUGUGAAUAAAUUCUUCCUUAAAUCUGGCCAACACAAAUGUACUUUUAACAGUUAGUAGACAUGCAGCAUGUUAAAUUAAGGCAUGUUAACAUGGGCUGUCUUCCAAAGUGGUUAGCUUGGGAUUUGAACACUGUUCCAGGCUUUUGUUCCAGACAUUUCUUCUGCAUAUUCAAAUUAAGCACUUAAAAUGAUGUAAGUGUUUGUCACACAAAUGUUGAUCUUCUGAAUUUGUGGGUUUUAUUGUACUAUUUCUUUGUACUACAUGGCAGUGGCAUGUACCAACAGACUUGGUUUGCUAGAUUUGAUAGAAGAGCUUUCAGUUUCUUGCUUUUCCAUCAAAAUUCCCAAUGUCUCUCUUGAGAAAAUGUUUUUAUUAGGAAGAAUAAAAGUGUUAAUUGACUUUGUCAGUACAGCCUUCUGACCAUAAAGAAACACUUUUUGACUGUGAGGGUAAGUGAGCACUGGAACAAAUUGCCCAGAGAUACUAUGGAGAUAUUCAGAAGUCUUCUGGUGGUGGUCCUGGGCAGCCUGCUCUAGGUAACUCUGCCUGGACAGGAUACCUCCAGAGGUCCCUUUCGACCUCAGUCAUUAUGUGAAUUGAAAUUUUGCAGCUGCCUUGUAAAAUCUUCAGUCCCGUACCAAGCCUGCAGUGAUGUAGAUGAGUUUAGAUCAGGUGGUAAAAUGGUGUUGUAGCCAAACCUGGAGCUCCUGCUGACCACACCAGGCAUUUGGCUCUUGACCUACUGGAGAGGCUGGCCCUGCUCUUAGUGGCUGUGUCAGCCCCCUCAGACUAUGUGCACAGUGUGAUACUAUACUGGUUGUGAAUCCUAAGGGUUAUUUUAUCUAGCGUAGAAGAUUCUGUUGUUUUAAAAUGCAAUAAGACCUUAUUUUAGACCAAAAGUGUUUAAAAUGCAAAUUUGUGUCUUAUUCCUCUGCUGUGUGACAGUUUCAUGUUUAACCAACAUUUAUCUGCGUAGGCAUGGCAUAACUGUGAGCAUCAAUCUGGUAUCUGUUUGAAGAGGACACUGUUGGGGGGCCCAGGUAUUUCUUUUAUAUUUUAUAGUUAUAGAGGUGUCUGGACUCUGUAAUGGUCAAAGAUUUCCAGUAGAAGAGGAUGAGACAAGAAUUAAAUGCAUGUGGCAGACUCUGGACCUAGGCACCCCAUGCUUUUGAUGCUAACUGGGAGGGAGCUUGAUAAACACUUUUACCAACUUUUCGUAUUAAAAACAGAUUUGUGCAUCUGUACUUCCAAACAAAGUUUGCACAGAGCGAAAAUUCUGAAUAUGGCUUGAUUUGCUCUUGAUCUUGGCAGUGUUUCUAAUGACUGUCCCACGGACUCUAUCAAGUUCAGGGGCUUCUACUCCAGCACUGAGGAGCAGAACCCUGAGCAGCAACCUGGGAUCAGCGAAAGCAUUUCUCUGUCAUUCUUUUUAAAAGAGCAACGGAAAAUGAGUGAUUAUCCUGGACUGGCAAAUGACCAUAGCCAGAUGAUUGCUGAAGAUUCAGAAAUUCAGACAAAGCCUGAACACUCUCGUGGAGUUCUUCAGGAAGAUAUUGAAAUGAGCAGUGGCUCCAGUGGCAAUGACUCCAGUGGAAACGACUUCAGUGGAAAUGACACAAAUGAAAACUAUUCAAGUGGGCAUGAUUCUCAUGGCCAUGAAUCUGAUGAAAAUGGGAAAGAUUCAGCAAUGCUCAUGGAAUCUUCAGACUGUCAUAAAAGUUCAAGCUCAAAUGCAUUUAGUCUGAUGAUUGCAAACUCUGAACACAAUCAGUCCAGCAGUGGAUGCAGUAGUGAGCAGUCCACUAAAGCCAAAACACAAAAGGAAUUGCUGAAAACAUUACAAGAGCUGAAAGCUCAUCUUCCUUCUGAGAAGAGAAUCAAAGGCAAAUCUAGUAUCCUAACGACGUUGAAAUAUGCCCUAAAAAGCAUAAAACAAGUUAAAGCCAAUGAGGAAUAUUACCAAUUGUUGAUGAUCAAUGAAUCCCAGCCUGCUGGUCUCAAUGUGUCAUCCUACACAAUGGAAGAGGUUGAGACUAUAACCUCAGAAUACAUCAUGAAAAAUGCGGAUAUGUUUGCUGUAGCUGUUUCUUUGAUUACUGGAAAAAUUUUGUACAUCUCUGAUCAAGCUGCUUCUAUUCUCCGCUGUAAGAGGGGUUAUUUUAGAAAUGCCAAAUUUGUGGAGUUCUUGGCACCUCAGGAUGUCAGUGUGUUCUAUACUUCUACCACCCCAUACAGAUUACCAUCAUGGAAUAUUUGCAACAGAGCUGAGUCUUCCACCCAGGAUUGCAUGGAAGAGAAAUCUUUUUUCUGUCGCAUCAGUGCGGGGAAGGAGCGUGAAAAUGAGAUUUGCUAUCACCCGUUUCGGAUGACUCCUUACCUUAUCAAAGUGCAAGAUCCAGAAAUAGCAGAAGACCAGCUUUGCUGUGUGUUGCUUGCAGAAAAAGUACAUUCUGGUUAUGAAGCACCCAGAAUUCCUCCUGACAAAAGAAUUUUUACAACUACGCACACACCGACCUGUUUGUUCCAGGAUGUAGAUGAAAGAGCAGUACCUCUGCUGGGAUACCUACCUCAGGACUUAGUAGGAACACCAGUCUUGGUGCAUCUUCACCCAAAUGACAGACCCUUAAUGCUGGCAAUUCACAAAAAAAUUCUUCAGUAUGGAGGACAGCCUUUUGACUAUUCACCAAUCAGGUUUUGCACUAGAAAUGGAGAUUAUAUCACCAUGGACACCAGCUGGUCCAGUUUCAUCAACCCUUGGAGUAGAAAAGUUUCAUUUAUUAUUGGAAGACAUAAAGUUAGGACGGGUCCCUUAAAUGAAGAUGUCUUUGCUGCUCCCAACUAUACAGAGGACAGAAUCCUUCAUCCCAGUGUUCAGGAAAUCACUGAGCAAAUAUAUCGGCUAUUACUGCAGCCUGUACACAACAGUGGAUCCAGUGGCUAUGGAAGUCUAGGUAGCAAUGGUUCACAUGAGCACUUAAUGAGUGUGGCAUCCUCCAGUGACAGCACGGGAAAUAAUAAUGAAGACACUCAUAAGGAGAAGCCAGUUUGUCAAUAUGCCCGUAAAGUCAAGAAUAAAGGACAGCAUAUUUUCACUGACAAUAAAGCAAAACCGGACCAUAAGAAAGAGUCUUUUGCAGGAAAACAAAAUACUCCUGGUGGUCAGGUAAAAGAUGUAGGGGGAAAGGAUACUGCAGUAACAGCUGCUCCUAAGAAUGUGACUCCUGAAGAGUUGGCUUGGAAAGAACAACCUGUAUAUUCAUAUCAACAGAUCAGCUGUUUGGACAGUGUCAUCAGGUACUUGGAGAGUUGUAAUGUGCCUGGUACAGCAAAAAGAAAAUGUGAACCUUCAACAAGUGUUGCAUCGCUGAGUUCUGGAGUUCAUGAACAAAAAGCAGCUGAGAAUGCUAUACAGCCCUUGGGAGAUCCUGCUGUGUUGAAGGCACCUGAUAAAUCAAGUGGUCCCCCAGUGGUUGGUGCUCACUUAACAUCUUUGGCUUUACCUGGCAAGCCUGAAAGUGUUGUGUCUCUCACAAGUCAGUGCAGCUACAGUAGUACCAUCGUUCAUGUUGGAGACAAGAAAACACAACCUGAACUGGAAAUGAUAGAAGAUGGUCCGAGUGGAGCAGAAAUCUUAGAUGGCCAACCUCUUGCCCCUCCAUCGAGCUCUGCACAUAUAAAUCAAGAAAAGGAGCCUUUUAAAAAACUGGGACUGACAAAGGAGGUCCUUGCAGUGCAUACACAAAAAGAGGAGCAGAGCUUCUUGAAUAAGUUUAAAGAAAUCAAGAGAUUUAAUAUUUUUCAGUCGCAUUGCAAUUACUACUUACAAGAUAAACCAAAAGGACGGCCUGGUGAACGUGGUGGCCGCGGACAAAGAAAUGCCACUUCUGGAGUGGAUCAGCCUUGGAAGAAGAGUGGAAAGAACAGGAAAUCAAAGCGCAUUAAGCCACAGGAGUCUUCAGACAGUACAACUUCUGGAGCUAAAUUCCCCCAUCGAUUCCAUCUCCAGGGUUUAAACACCACUGCUUGGUCACCAUCAGAGACUUCACAAGCGAGCUACUCGGCAAUGUCUUUUCCCACUGUUAUGCCUGCAUAUUCACUUCCCGUUUUUCCAGCAGCGGGGACUGUGCCACCAGCUCCUGAAACUUCACUCUCUGGUUUUAAUCAGUUGCCAGACUCUGGAAAUACUUGCCCUAUGCAACCCUCCCAGUUCUCUGCACCCUUCAUGACCCCUGUCGUAGCUCUUGUGCUCCCCAACUAUGUCUACCCCGAGAUGAACAACAGUUUACCUCAAACACUUUACCACAAUCAGCCCAACUUCCCUGCCCAUUCCGCUUUCUCCUCACAGACAGUAUUUCCAGCACAGCCACCGUUUGCCACCCCCAGCCCUUUCCCACAGCAGGCAUUUUUUCCAACACAGCCAUUCCAUUACAAUCCACCAGCGGAGCCGGAAAAGGCUCCUGUCGCAGAGACACGAAAUGAGCCGUCCCGCUCCUGCACUCCACAGUCAGUGGGUCCUCAUGACCACGCUUCACCACCUCUGUUCCAGUCAAGGUGCAGUUCUCCCCUGAACCUUCUACAGUUGGAAGAAACCACAAAAACUGCUGAAAGUGGAGCUCCUGUGGGUUUACAUGGAGCUUUAAGUGAGGAAGGAGCCAUAGGCAAAAUUCUGACAACUGAUAACUGUAGUGGAAAGGAAUCCUUACCAGCUGAAUCUCCAAUGGAUGCUCAAAACAGUGAUGAACUCUCCAUGUCCAGUGUCUUGCUUGACAUUUUACUUCAAGAAGAUGCAUGUUCAGGCACUGGUUCAGCCUCUUCAGGGAGUGGUGUAUCUGCAGCUGCCGAGUCUCUGGGCUCUGGAUCCAAUGGCUGUGACAUGUCAGGGAGCAGGACAGGUAGUAGUGAAACUAGUCAUACCAGCAAAUACUUUGGGAGCAUUGAUUCCUCGGAAAAUCAUCAUAAAACCAAAAUGAAGACAGAAAUGGAAGAAAGUGAGCACUUCAUUAAAUAUGUCCUUCAGGAUCCUAUAUGGCUCUUGAUGGCAAACACAGAUGACACAGUUAUGAUGACUUACCAGAUUCCUUCACGAGAUUUGGAAACAGUUUUAAAAGAAGAUAAGCAGAAGUUAAAACAAAUGCAGAAACUACAGCCAAAAUUUACAGAAGACCAAAAAAGAGAGCUUAUUGAAGUUCAUCCGUGGAUCCAGCAGGGUGGGCUGCCAAAAACUGUUGCUAAUUCCGAAUGUAUUUUUUGUGAGGACAAUGUACAGAGCAAUUUUUAUACAUCAUAUGAUGAAGAAAUCCAUGAAAUGGACCUUAAUGAAAUGAUUGAAGACAGUGGAGAAAACAACUUGGUUUCCCUGAGUCAAGUCAGUGAAGAACAAACAUAGCAUUUGAGCCUGUUGUUUUGAAAACUGCUUCAAAACGACAGUGAAGGAUCCAUAAAGUUUUAAUCUUGUAUCCAGCAAGAUGAAUCCAGUUCAUAAAAGCAAAUGUUUUUUUCUUGCUCUAGAAGAGUCAUUUGUGAAUGAAUCUCUUUUUAAAUGGUGGCAAUCUCUUCCCAGUAAGGACAUUGUUGAAGAUGGUAUAGCUUUUCUUUAAAAGGCUCAUAUUUUGCACUUAUAUGCCUCAAGUAUUUCUUUAUAAACUGUAGAAACUUUCAUUGAUGCCUACUGGUUUUUGUAGAGUGGGUUAAUAAGUGCUGAAAAUCUCCUUACGUACAUAUGGUUCUUCAAAUCCCCUUUUGGUAAUGAUUCAGCAUUAGAAAUUGUUGAAGCAAUUUUGCUUAGUGGCUCUUUAGCAUUGUUCUUAAUAUUUGAAGUGGUCCAGCAUCGUAGAAGAAAUAACCUUCAAGGAAAUCAAUUCACACUUGCCCUUCUCAUACCAGUUGAUCCCAUCCUCUUUGUUUGUCUCCUAUAGUUUUGAAUGUAGGAACUUUUUUUGUCUAAGAGAAAUGUCGAGCUAAUUUUCUGAGAUGGUCUUGGGUUAAAAUACAUGUUGUUGUGUAAGUAUAGAGGAGUGUUGACAACUUUGUAGCCUUCUGUUUGAAUGGACACUGCAAUACUAUGAACUGUUUAUUACCUUGACACAUAAUUUCUGAGAAUUUAUACUCAAGGAAUCUUUAUGCUUAAAGAUUUUAAAAACCAAGACCACAGAUAAUGACUGUGUGUGCUCCAGAGGCUGUUAAAGCUUGGGAUAACAUAAACCUUUCUUUCUGACCUGUUCUGUCAGGAGGUUGGCCAUCAGUUGUUGUGAUGUGGCAGAACAAACACCCAGUUCCUCCAUGGCAAGGGAGGAUUAGACUCAUCUUGUCAUUUGAAGGUGGUUCUUAAAAAAAGAAAGUGAUUUUGAGAAUAGUGUUGACUCACUCUAUUUGAAUUGCAUAAUCUCAAACUUAGCAUGGCUGGAAUCCUUUGCUGUCAAAGAUUUAAUUUUAAUGCCUCUGAGAUUGUAUUGACUUGAAUAUUUGUACUUUAUGUUCUUGUGCUGUUUAUAUGUGUUGGAUGUGGGAAGAGAACAUGAAAGAACAACUUUAAUAUGUUGGUUAGUUAAAGGACAUACAGUUGCAGUAUUGCUGGAUGUCAGCUUUAAAUCUUGGGGUGAAAAAUGGAGAAAUUCAAUUGACUUUGACAUGUUUGUCUUAAAAUAUUUUUCAUGGGAAGCAUUUCCUUUUUUAUUAGGCUAACGUUUCUAUUCACUGAAAUUUAAGGCUAUUUUUAUUCUCUGAGAAUGUUUCUCUUUGCAUACAAAGAGGAUGUAAAGUUAGAUCUGACACCACCAAAACUACGGAGAAGUGACUGGUAUUUGCUUAGUGGAAGAAAUAAUUUGUGUCAAAUAAUUAGUUAGUUAUAAAUUGGACAGUGUCAUGAGGAAAUUUGCACUGGAGACAGGUUCUGCAAAUAGUGAAAUGUGUGAACUUGUGAAACAAGUAGAAUCACAAUUUUUAAAAAAAUAAGUAUCUUAAAUGUAGUGCGAAGCACUACCCAGCAAGAUCUGAAGCCUGUCUUUAACAGUUUAGCAAGGUCAAACGUAAAUAUAUGUAAAUAUAAACUGAAUGAGAAAUGUUCAAGUGUUGGUGUUCACGUCCGAUGUAUUAAAUGUUUUAAUCAUAAACGGAACAGUGCAGCUAUACCAACAUACUAAAUAGAUUUCAUUUUUACGUGGAAACAUGAACAGUUUUAAUUGGACCAGGGUUUGGGAAAAAUAAAAGCUUUAUAUAAAAGGAGUGCAUCAUAAUUAUACAAAUAUUUUUCACAGUUUUCAACCACUUUGAACUUCCUUGCUUUAGCAUGCUUUUCUUUUUUCAUGUCUUUUUUAUUUGUUCUCAGUUCUUUUAUUAUUUUUUCGAUGACCAUCUUGUAACUGUAACUUAGUGAAAGGAAGAGAAAAGUAUAUUUAGAGCAUUUUGUGGAUGUGCUUAAUUAUGAACUUAAUCUUGCAUCCUUAAAGUGUUUGCAUUUACAGGGUGGUAUUAAAAUAUUUUCCUGUAACUUUAAAUCUACAUGCCUCCAUUUAUAGAUAAGAUUCUGAAGCUGUAAUUUUUCCAAAUUGUUGUAAGAUGAUUUAUUUGUGAUGACACUUUGUCAACAUGUCAACAAUGUUUUCUGUACACUGUGCAAUAUAUUUUGGUUUUGCCACUUGUGACUAAUUUUUAUGACUUUGCUUUUUAGAAAACUGGUAAAUAAAACAGAUAUAUUUUUA